AUGAUCUAUCACUAUCCAACUCAGAAGGCGCCUCUCAAAAUCCUACAGCUAAAUACCACUAAAAAACACCCAUCAUAUGAAUGCUUCUCCCCAACUGACAGUUGGGCGAUAAGUGGCCGACCACGAGUCCUCACCUAUGUUCGAAAGAAGAAAGGCGUUCGGACCUCCCAGCUCCGCCCCUUCACAACUGACACUAAAGAGGCCUCGGAUCUCCUGUUCCUUCAGAUUUUCUCACCCACAGGAAAGUCUGCUCUGAUAGUCAACAUCUAUAACGCCCCAGCAGGCUCCAUCAGAGCAGGUGAAGCCGCGAAAGCUCUCACAACCCUGCCAGAGGCGUAUCUCCCUCAAGCAACAAUACUUGCAGGCGAUCUCAACCUACUACACAAUAGAUGGCAGCCCUCGCUACAUCGCAGCCCCACACCUUUCGCAGAGCCAUUUAUUAACUGGCUGGAUCUCCAGGGUCUAGUACUCAUUUCCGACAUAGACUGUCCCACACAUGAAAGGGGUAACGUGUUAGACCUCAGUUUCGCCUCAAGCCCUCUGGCACUCGCAGGAGCCAAAGCUAGCAUAGCGAGCCACUUAGAUGCAACCUCAGAUCAUCAACCACUAAUUACCACUGUUCCAUGGGAUCAGAGAUACAAGGAAACAGCUCAGAAACUGAGAUUUGACACACUAGAUCACACUUCCUUCCUUUCGCUCCUCGCCUCUAAUCUUGCUGGCACCGAGAGCUCAGCCGCGACAGAAGAAGAUCUUGAUGCUUUCGCCGAAAAACUGACAUCUGCAAUUCAAGGAGCAUAUAAAGGCUCUGCUAAGAGGACCAUGACACAAGGCAUAGGACAACCAUGGUGGAACGAAGACUGCAAGAAAGCUUUACACAAUUACCGCUUAGGCCUCUGCUCAAAGAUAGACUUCUGCAGGAUAACUAGAUGGUCUCAACGACAAUUUUGGCGAGAGAAGCUCUCUAUGGUAACACAAAUGAAGGAUGUUUUUGACAUGAGCAAAUGGCAUAAGUCUACAGGCAUCUUCCGAAGCCCUCCACUAAAAGAUCCGCUAAGGCCCAACAGCCUCCCAGCAGUUACUGUACACGAGAAACGAGACGUACUAGUCCGCAAUCUUCUCCAGAACUCGGCAGAGGCAGGAGACAUACCUCUGGACUCCCCAACAGUGCCUUCCACUAGUCUCUACUUCCCAGAUAUAUCGAUGCUACAAGUGGAGGAGUCAGUACUUCAGGCAGGAAACACAGCCCCUGGCGCAGAUGAAAUCCCAACCUGUAUACUCAAAGUAGCCUGGCCUCUGAUCAAAGAUAAGAAACCAAAAAAGACUGAUUGGUCUUCACCUAGAUCAUACAGACCAAUCGCUCUCCUAUCAGUACUUGGCAAAGGACUGGAGCGCUUGGUGGCACGGAAUAUGGCAUGGAUCUUUAUACACCAUAAAGUAUUAGCAAGGCAACAAUUUGGGGCUCUCCCACUAAGAUCUGCAACUGACCUGACCACAUGCCUAACACAUGAUGUUGAACAAGCGCUAAAUCAAGGCAUGACUGCCUCACUCCUUACCCUAGAUGUCAAAGGCGCCUUUGAUUCUGUACUUCCUGGCAGACUGAUCCGCAGACUACGCGAGCAGGGCUGGCCUACCAAUCUCGUUCUCUGGAUUGCCUCCUUCGCUACUGGAAGAUCAGUUCAGAUCCGACUCGAUGGAGAGAUCGGCCCCUCAACAGACAUUACCUGCGGUCUUCCACAAGGAUCCCCAGUAUCUGGCAUUCUUUUCAUGCUCUACAUAGCGCCUCUAUUCCGUCUAGGAAACCCAAGGAACAGAUUUGGUUACGCGGACGACGCAGCCAACCUGGCGAUCUCAACUUCUCUUACUACUAAUUGCGAAGCCUUAUCAGACUUAUUUUAA